UGGACAGCGUAGUCACAAGAUAAAAUUAUAAGCAUUUAAAUAUAUAUUUGGUCUGUGUUAAAAUCAUCAUUCCUUCUUUUUAUUUGUUAACUUUACUAUCUUACAUAUUUAUUAAAAAAUGAAUUACUUUCCGUUUUUCAUAACUUUAUUAUUUAAAGUAAUAGUUCCUAUAAUAACUGCAUUAAAAUGCGAUGAUCAAGAUUAUUGGUGCAAACGUGCUGAACUAUUUAGUUCUGAAAAAAGUGAUUCAUUGGGUGGUAAUUUAUCGCUAAAUCCUAAAGAACAUCUAGCGAAUGAAUUGUUAGUAAAUUUGAAAACCAAUGAAAUUGAUGAAGCAUUUGAAGAUCAGACAAAGUUUUAUCCAUCUAAAAAUUUUAUGGAAGUACGGAAUAAAAUUGAAAAAUCAAAGGUAUUUAAUAUUAUUAAAAUGAUGCCUAAGGGCGCGGUGCUUCAUACGCAUGACUUGGCCCUAGUUUCAGAAGAGUGGAUUUACAAUAACGUAACAUACCGAGAUAAUUUAUAUAUUUGUAAUGAAACUGAAAAAAUUAUGCUUAAAUUUUUUGAUACACCUUCUGAUGAUUGUAAUUGGCAGCUACUUAAAGAUUUGCGUAACAAUAAAACUAUUGUAGAUGAUAUCGACUUACGUGUUCGUCGAGAAUUGUCGAUGAUUACUGAAAAUCCAGAUAUCGUCUAUUCUGAUAAUAACUAUGCUUGGGUCAAAUUUCUUAAAAUUCAUACGUUGCUCAAAUCACUGCUAACAUAUAGACCUGUUUUUGAAGAUCAUUUUUAUCAAGCGCUUCAAGAAUUAUAUGAUGAUAAUGUUCUUUAUUUAGAAUUUCGGUCCACAUUGCCUACACUUUACGAGUUAAAUAGAACUCAAUAUGAAAUGAUGGAUGUUUUGAGAAUCUAUAAUGAAGUUGCUGAAAGGUUUAAGAAUGAUCAUCCUGAUUUUAUUGGUGCCAAAGUGAUAUUUUCUCCAAUAAAUAUAAUAAACACGACGUCUUUAUCAAAAAUGCACGAAUACAUCAAUAAAACAAUUGAAAUGAAAACUAAAUUUCCGGAUUUUUUUGCUGGAUUUGAUUUGGUCGGUCAUGAAAACAGAAGAGAACCCUUAAAAAAGUUUGUAAAACAACUCACUCAAGUAACGCAUCAAAUAAAGUUUUUCUUCCAUGCCGGUGAAACAAAUUGGUACGGUUUCAACUCUGAUGAAAAUUUGUUGGAUGCUGUUUUAUUAAAUACCACAAGAAUCGGACAUGGUACUGCGAUAUUAAAGCAUCCAAAAGUUUUAAAAUUAGCAAGAGAAAAAAACAUUCCUAUCGAAGUGUGUCCGAUAUCAAACCAAGUUUUGAAGUUAGUUGCGGAUCUACGUAAUCAUCCAGCUGGUAUACUGUUUGCUGAAAAUUAUCCUGUCAUUAUUUCAAACGAUGAUGUAGGUUUAUGGGGAUCUAAAGGACUUAGUUACGAUUUCUACGAAGCUUUUAUGGGUAUUAUGUCAAGAAAUGCCGAUAUUAAGCCUUUAAAACAACUUGCGAUUAAUUCUAUCAUUUAUAGCGCUAUGAAUACUAAUCAGAAACAAAAAGCGUAUGACAUCUGGUCACAAAAAUGGAUUGAAUUUAUUGAUAAAGUUAAUAAUUUAAAGUAUUUAUGAACCUUUCGGUGUUUUUAAUAAACAACAAUGCAUUAAAAAUAUUUUAAUACAUUAUUGUUUAUUAUUAUUAAUUAAAUUCAAUUGUUUUUUUUUUUUAUAAAAAUUUCAAAUGAUAUUUCCUAUACAUUAAUAUCUUAAAAAUAUUUCUAAAGUUAUAAUUAUUUUUAAUAUUCAUUUUGUCUCAUAUUUUGAAUCUAGUGAAUAAACUUUUUCAAUUUUAUAACUUACAUUAUGAUUAUGAGAUAAAAUAGUGUAUUGUGUGACAAGGGAUGAAACAAAAUGGUUUUGGACCGGUUACAAGACUAAAUAUCUACGACAAAAUUAUCCACGAAUUUCAAUAUCGACACCACAAAAAAUCCAAGAGACAUAACAUCCAGGAGAAAUUAAAUACUAUGCAUAAAUUUGGCCCUUUUUUUAUAAAUUUUGUGUGAAUUUUUGUCUUAUGGAUAUUUUGUCGUGGAUAUUUAGUCGUGUCACCUUCCAGACCAGGCUGAAGUUGGCUGCCUGAGGUACAGGCGAGGGCCGAUAUCACCCACAAUCUAAAAUCGUAUUUCAUCCUGUGUCACACACUAUAUUUUUCAUGAUUACCUGCAUUGGAACUUGAAAUUUCAGUGUCAGCAGCCAGUCAGACACAAGUUAAUUCAAGACCAAUGAUGUGAUCAACUAUUAGCAUAAGCGUAAAUUGUAUUUUGCAAUUUAUAAUCAAGCAGAAACUAUAAAUAUUAAACAAAUGACAAGUAUCAGAGUUAAAAUUACGAAUGCUUUUAGCCAUCGGGCAGAGACAUUAUUUAAGGUUCAAAAUGCCUUUGUUUUCAUCAAUUGUAUGAAAAGUCCUUUUUGUAACAGACACUUGAAAUGUACGACAUUUAGCGCCUAUAGCCGGCAGCGAAAAAUAUUAGAUAAGAUACAUCUGGUAAAAAAGAUACCUAAUCGUUCUAAUAGUGAUGUCAUCAUCGGAUCAAAAAAUAUUUUUUGGUUACAUGUGCGGUAGCAAACGACCAAAAAAUAUCGAAUUAACUUAACGAGCCUUCUUGUGACGAAAUUUGUCAUCAUUUUAAUUCGUGCACUUAUCGACUUCUCUCUCAUUUUCAACAAAUACUCAAAACAAUCUUACAAAAUAAAUAAACACGGGUUUAUAGCCUACCAUUUAUAGUCACUAAAUGUAGUAAAUUUCAAAUAUCUGUCACAAAAACUAAUGUAUCUAUCUAGUACAAUCGAGUCUAAGACGUUCGUGUUAGGAUCAAAGUAAACGGAAUAUAGUAUAGUGCCGGAUAGCUCUAACUGGUAGAGCACUCGACGCGAUACCGACAUGGUCUGGGUUCGAUACCCAGUUCGGGCGAUCUAUAUUUUUCUCAAUUUAUCUUCAAAUUGUCUUAUUGAGAAGGUUUGCAUGUUUAGGUUUCCAUUAUAUUUAAAUGGAUCGUUCGAAGACCAAUCUUCACACCUCGCGUCUUAAAAACGAUCGCACUCGAUAGAUAAACUACUAUUGUAGUGUCUACGAUUAGACUUUGGGAAGAACUAUCCGAAGGUAUUGUAAAAUUGUGUAGCUUAGAUGUUUUCAACAAUAAAAUCUUGAAUUAUCAUCUGGGCCUUAGACAGGUAUAAUUAACAAACUCGAACAUGUUUUAUCUGUCUCAAAUUUUUGAUCCGAAUCACAGUCAUAAAUUUUUAAAUCUGACUUUAACUAUCUAAUAUGCCUAAAUAUAAGAUUGUCAAUGUACAAACUAAUAUGCAUUGAGUUAUCUUAAUAUUUAGUAUAUAUUUGGUUAUUGGAUUGAAGAAGCCUUGGUAUAAUUAAAUAAAUAAUAAUAUUAAUAAUUAUGAUUAUUAUUGGUUUCUUCCGAAGGGACGAACCAUAUCUUUUUGCCCACUGAAUGAAGGUAUUCACAAUCUACGCGUUUGCUAAUAUUAGGUCACGGCAUUGGACUGAAAUUAGACAAAUUACAGACACUGAAACUUAGAGUUUUGAUGCUGGUAUCAUGAAAAGAAAUAUUCAUUGGCGUUAAUUAAUAAAUAAAUUCGUCUAACAAGCAGUAUAAAGCAAUUUACUAAAAACUGCAUAACUACAAAUAAUGAAAUCGGACAAUAGUAUUUUGUAAUCUUUAUCUUUUUUCUACUCUCUCAUUACCUGUGUUUUUAUCCUGGCCCUCUACUUUUUUCACGAAGCAAUAAUUGAAAGACGACGACAAAUUAGCUCCGGUCCUCGCUCGGAUCACCGAGCAUUCGAUUGCUAGCGCAAGAACAGAUUUUCCUGUUUUACUUUUUCUCUCUUCUGCCAUCGACGUUCUUUCCCAGAGGGCCAUAGAAACGGAUUUUUAAUUAAAACCGUGACAGGUUAAGAGUAUAAUAAACGAAACGAGGUAAAAAAAAAAUUUGACUCCAUCGAUAUAUUGACUUUGAAUAAGUACAGUGAAACAAAGAAAACAAAAAAAAUUAUCGUAGAAUUUUAUAACUUUUAUUUUCCCUCUUUUAUUUCUAAUCUACUUUCUACUUUCCUAAUUUCUUAUACACUGAUUGAAAUAAAUUUUAUUACUCAGAAUAGAUUUUUCUUACCCGAGAGUUAUUUUUAGUCCAUUAUUUAGCCCUUUUACUUUAUAACGUAUACCGUCUUUCAAUUCGCGACGGAGACGCGAACAAAUUCGGUAAACCGUAUGUCACCCACGUGUAAUAAAAAUUACAAAUUACAAAU